UCAUCUGAUCUUAAGGUUAUGUUAGUGUGUGUUUCCCUGCCAUUCCUGUCUGGAUUUACCUUUUGUGGAUUUUAUUAAAGACUUGUUGUUAUAUUUCGUCUUCGUAUGUCUCCUUCUACACACAACUGUGACAAUAACGUGGCGUGGAUAAACUGCAGAGAAUUCUCUUCAAGCUGUUAUCAAGAAUUGAGAUUGAGCCAUAAUGACUCAAAAUUCACUCUGUACAAUUAUCAUCCUCUUUGUCAUUCUGCACAGUGAAGAAGGGUCUCUGGCUUUCAAAGUUCUUUUUACUAAUUCUGUUACCCACCAAGAAAUAACACAAAAAGCGAUUUUACAAACAACAGCAGAAGUCUGUAAGGCUCAGGCACUUCAACAAGGAAAAGAUUUUGUGCAGCCAAGUGUAUUAACAGUUGAGUCUCUAACAAAAGCUUGCUCGUCUCCUGAGUCAGCCAAAGGUUUCCAAGAAGCCAUUAGUAGAAUUCGAAGUAAAAAUGCAUGGGUUGAUGGAAAAAAAUUUGCGAGUGCACAAUACCACUUUGAUGGCGAGACUUUUGUAAAGGGCAGGAACCUCAUCACCGAAGGAGUCAAAGUUGUUAAAGCUACUGCCCAACAGGGUAAUUAUGAAACCGCAAGAAAUCGGUUGGGUGAGGCUCUACAUACUCUACAGGAUUUCUACAGUCACAGCAACUGGAUAGAACUGGGGAAUCUAUUCCCAUACUCCAACUUGACCAGACCUGAUAGCUUAAUAAACAAUAUUGCAGAACCUACAAGACCCACUUGUAGAAGUUGUGAUGGAAGUGACUGUAGAAACAACAUACUGGAAGACAUCAUAAAAGAGAAAAUAUUGACAUCAGGAUACUUUGGAUUCUCCAAACCAUCUGGAAAAUGUAGCCAUGGAACGUUCUUUGACAUUUCAAGUUGGUUUCCACCAAAAGGUGGAAUCAAUAAAGAUUCACAAUCAUCCGAGCAUGGUAACCUUCAUGACGCUGCUGCAACGGUGGCCAUCGCUGCGACCAGAGAACUUCUGGAAGACAUUAGAGGUUUUUUGGGAGACUCUAACUUUUUGAGAUUGAUGGGAUUCUCUCAGAAUUCAGUACUGUGUUUUGCGAUUGAUACCACAGGCAGCAUGGGAGAUGACAUUGAUGAAGUACGACGAGUCACUUCUAACAUAACAGACAAGAUGAGAGACACUGUAUCAGAGUACAUUCUGGUGCCAUUCAAUGACCCUGACUUUGGCCCACUAAUAAGAACAACAGAUCCAGAGGAGUUCAAAUUACAGAUUAAUGCACUUCAACCCCAUGAUGGAGGAGACACACCAGAGCUCAGCCUCUCAGGACUCAGGCUGGCUCUGACUGGUUCACCUCCCCAGACUAAGAUAUUUGUUUUCACGGACGCUGAUGCAAAGGACAUAGAGUUAAAAAGUACUGUGUUGGCACUGAUUGAAAGCACAAAGUCUGUGGUGAACUUCAUGUUGACGAAUAGCCUUGCUGCUCGUCGGAGAAGGAGCGAGGAUCCAAAUCAAGGACAGAACCAGCGUUACUCCACCAGGAUGUCCAAUCCCUUAAAUCAGGUUUAUGUGGAUUUAGCUUUGGCCUCUGGAGGACUGGCAAUUGAAGUAACCAAAGCAAUGCUUCCUGAAGCCACCAACAUCAUAUCGGAUGCAUCCACAUCUGCUCUAGUAACUGUUUUUCAAACUGUAAGGAACCCCGGAAAAGCAGAAACCUUCUCUUUUAUUGUGGACUCCUCAUUGAAAAAUAUGACAAUCUAUAUUACAGGCAAUUCUUUGGCGUUCAACAUCACAAGUCCAUCAGGAGUUUCUCAGACCAAUGAUGAAUUAAGUGGAAAACUGGGGUUGGUUGAGCAUGUGGGCAACUUUUACACAGUGCGUCUGACUAUCCUCGAUCUAGAAGGCCUUUGGAACAUUAACAUUAGCUCAUCAGAAGCCUACACCAUCAAAGUCAUUGGUCAGAGUGACAUUGACUUCCUGUUCAACUUUGUGGAGCUAAGUGAUGGUGCUCAUUCAGGCUACAGUGAAUUAAGCGGAAGACCCCCAGCAAACAGUAACAUCACACUACUGCUUACCAUCGUGGGUGGGGACUCUGUUACCCCCACAGAGGUGGCUCUUGUGGAAGCAUCAGGAUCCCAGACCAUCACUGGAACCCUAGAAAAGACUGCAGACGGGGAUUUCUUAGUCACAAUGAACAGUGUUCCAGCAGGAGAAUUUGUUGUCCGUGUGAUGGGGGAGAGUAGUUCUUCCCGCUCAUCAAAUGGUCGCUUUCAGAGACAGUCCGUCACUCAACACAGAGCUUCCAGUGUGGUUAUUACUGUAAGAUCAGGCUUUCUAGCAUUGAUGACGGUAUGGGAGCCUGGAAAGACAUUGAGCAUCCCUUUUACAGUGGUGAACAAUGGUUCUGAUGAGCUCUUCAGCAUUAAUGCCAAGAAUGACCGUGGGUUUGCCACAGAAUUUCCCAGCACCAUGUCUGCUGGAAGUGGGAGUAGUGGAAAUGGCACAGUAAAUCUAACUGCACCCUCAGACACUCCUUCAGGCACUGAAGUGACUCUCACCAUUGAGGCCGAAACAUCAGGCAAAAGUGAUUUCAACUAUGCUGUCCUUAAGCUUACAGUUGUUUCUCCGAUUACAGACUUCAUCUCUCCAGUCUGUGAGAUUAUUAGCAUAAAUGCUAACUGCUCAGGCAACUGCAGCCUGUCCUCAUGGGAGCUCUCAGCCAACCUUACCGAUGGAAAUGGGACAGGUAUUAUGUCUGUGACUCUGCGUCAGGGCCUUGGAACUCUCAACACUACCACCAUAAUCAAGGACGGAGGUGUGAAUGUCACUCUUGCAUUCUACAGAGCCUCUUGUUGUUCUGAAGUAAUGGAACUGGUUGCUGUAGACAGAGCUGGAAAUGUUGGAAUAUGCUCAAGAUCAAUAACAUCUGCUGUUACCACCACACCCGACACCUUCAUGUCUACCGCUGCUACAGCAACAACUACAGCCACAGCAACAACAAAAAUAACAUCUUCCUCUCCCUCCAUAAAUGCCACAACCAACAGUGCUGAACACCCUUUUUAUCCACCUAUCAUUUUUUGGCUUUAUGUGGGAGUUCAUUUUGCUGUUAAGCUUCUAACUCUUUUGUACUAGUUACCUUUAUAUUAACAUAGCUGCAAAACCUUUUCCAUUGGCUUGUGUAGCUGUCUUUCCUUGCACUUCCCCCACCAACACUAAGGCCCAGAUUUACUAAGAGCAUGGGCCAACACAAACUCCCUUUUGGCUUUAAAAAACUACUAUCGGGAAACAUUUGUGAUGAAACGGCGUGGAUAUAGUCAUUUUUGCAUCCAACAUUGUUGCACAUGCCUUUUAGACGGAAAAUUGAUGGGAGGAGACUUCUUAAAUAAAUCACACAACAGGAUUUACUAAGGUUUGCUGUAAUCAAUGUACUGGUAUUUGCUCCAUUAUUUAUGCCCAAAAAGCACGUUAACCCAUUUUGCAGUUGACAUGGCUGCGACUGUUGCUGCCAGGAGGAGGCAGAGAACAGAGAGCGUGUGGUAGAAGGAAGAUGAUUUUUCCCAAUCAUUUAACAGACUAAAAUGGCUCAGCUUGGUUGCGACCUUAUGGUAAUUUGCGUUGCUCGUUAUGAAAUUUAGAUGUUGCUUAUGUUCUCUUUAAUUUGCACAGUCAAUAGAUCACCCGCAGAACUUUUCACUCCCAGCAGUGCUUUCUGGGAAUUAUGCUCGAGCUAAUUUGCCUUGUUUAGUAAAUCUGGGCUUAAGUCAUGGUUUGACUUGGUGUAUUACAGUUGUUUCCUGCUUUAUUUUUUAAAAUUUGAUGAAUACUUGUUUGAUUUAAAUUGUAUAACCAAUAUAAUUGUAAUUUUACAUUGAUUUUAACAGGCAGAUGAAUUGAAGUUUUUUAUUGUUGUUGUUAUUAAACAGAAGAAUGGUAAUGGUAUGAUAUUUUAGAUUGACAAAAUUUUAAAUAACAAAAACAAGUUAAAGGUGUUAGUAGGUCUCGAUUGACGGGUGUCAUAAAAAUAAUUUUUAUUAAAUCUUUCUUAUUAAAAAUCCUUUUACAUACUUUUACAGGCUUGUUUUAUAACAAUUUCAAAAUGACUGGUCUUACGACUUAUCUUAACAUGAAUGACAAUUCUAUUAAACCUUAUUUACUAUUACUAAAUGGGUUCUGCAUUUUUAUUUGGCUGAAAAAAAAAAAACAUUAAAAAAAUCUCUAAU